GGUUUAAUUUUUUUAUCAUGAUUUAGUGUUUAAAUAUUUUAUAUUUAAAACGAAACAAUCAUUCGGUCAUUUAAAUCCAAAAUACAUUGGAGCAAAGAUUGAAUUGGAAGUAUUCUACCAACUGAACGCCGACCUACUAUCGAGAAGCCCAGUAGUGCCAUGCAGAUACACUCACGUACGGCGUUAUCACCGGACUAUUACCGUGUAUCACGCUUAUCAUCGCCGCCUCUAUCACCUGUCUGCCCUUUUCCGAACCCUGCAGGUUCGGAAGAGCGACUUUCACCCGCGCCAGUAUGCCCCGCGCCGCGAGCCGAACUCGACGCACGCGCAGAUGUCAGCGCCAUGACGGACGACCGCGCGCGAUCCGCGGAGGCCGACUUCCCGCGGCCGACCGCUACGGUCUCCUCCCUCAAAUCCGAGGAUUCCACGGAACAGUUGAUAUGCAAAACGCCACAAGAAAAAGUGAAAAAUGUUAAGAAAGAUAAACAGAGUGUUAGCUCGAAAAGUGUCGAAGCCGGUAGUGUUAAGGUUACGAAGAAGAAGUUGGUUGUAUUUUUAGGGUUGGGGCAGGUGAUUUUGGGUGCGCUUCUGGUGGGGGCGGGGGCGCUGGCGGUUGUGAAGGGGGCUGCGCUGUCCCGGGUGGGCGCCGGGCUGUGGGCGGGCUGCGUGGCCGUGGUGGCUGGCGUCGUCGGCGUGCUGGCCGGGAUUAAUGACUGCUAUGGUCUGAAUGGAGCCAACAACGGAAAUGGUCUCCUGACGGCGUUCCUGGCGUUGUCGCUGCUAUGCUUGGCGUGCGGCAACAGCGCGGCCGUUCUCGCCGCCACGGGCCUGCAGCGGGCUUCAUCCCGGGCUCUGCCGCCAACCGGGCCUCAUGCCAGCUUUCAGGAUGAAAUGGAAGCAUGGACGCCCGUCCUCACAAACAUCGCGGUUCUCAUUAUCGCCUCCGUCCACUGCCUUGUCUGCAUCGUCAGCAUCUACCACCUGUCCAAGCGCGUAUGCCCCUGCUUCCGGCCCAAGCAGGCCUACGACCACAACCAGUUCGACCCGGGCUUCAAGCCUUACGUGGUGCAUGUGGACGAGAAGAAAGAGAAAGGGGAUAGAGAGAGGGAGAGGGAGAAGGGACAUGAGCUGUGCAAGGAAUUGGAGAGCAAGCUUCAGGGAGAGUCGUUGAAAAAGAAAAAGGUCGAAUCCCCCGAGUUCGGCAGCGCUAACAGCAAGGAGAAGCUAGUUUCGCACUGGCUAGGUCGGCAGGCACCGUCUUUGGUACCCGCGGCGCCCGUGGCGCCCACACGAGGGCGCCGGGCGCGCGGCGUACGCAAAAGACCGCCGCAGUUGCUGCUGCUGCCCGCACAUCCCGCCAGCACGCUGGGCCGCAUGCCAGUGAGCGUGAUGGUGCCUCCGCGCUACGCCACAUUACCACUUCCUCCCGCACCUUACGCUGCCGCGCCGCUCUUCUACCCUGUACACGACGCGCGACUCCGACGACGACGCUCGCCUCGCGACCCGCGCGAGCGCAGGCGGCGUGAGCGAGACCGAGACAGCCAGCUGACUCGCUCACUCGAGCGCAUUCAUCGCAAGAGACGAGCUGAGCGCGACCGCGUCUCCGACGAGCAACUAAAGAGAACAUACACCGGGCUCGAUAGGGCAUACGCCGAGCAGUUCAUCGCCGUGUGCGACGAGAGCCGCCAGGCCGGCGGCGAGCAACACGACUCGCUGCCCAGCACCACUAGCGACUCCAGCCAAUCUCAUUCCCACAGAGAAUCCGUGUAGCGAGAACCAGUAGCACAACACGAGCACAAGUUUAUUGUUCGUUGCGUUGACGCCACAAGACGACAUAAUAUGUGAUGAACAUUGAAGUAAAACUUGAUGUGUGUCAGAAUCAGGUAUCUUAAUAUUAUUUUAGUACGGUAAUAAGAUGAGGUUUUCAAGUGUUGUAACAAAUGCGUUAGUGAGUGGUCGCUUUAUACUGACGACUUUUCAUUAUGGAAUCCUAGUUUUCCUAUAUAUAUUUUGUAUGCUGCGUAGAUGAUUUCAGUCAAAAGGGGAAUAUAAGAUAUACUUUUCGAUUGGUGUAUACGAUUAACGAUUAUCACCCGGUGUUGGGAUCGAUUAAAUAUCUAUAACAUUUUCUAUACCUUCUUACAAGGUAUCCUUUAAUUUCGUUAUUUAAUUAAUAUUAAAUUCGGCAUUUACGUGUCUUAUAGAGUUUCUGAUAAAUUUCGGUAUCCAUCAGAAAUCUCUACAAAAGAGGGUACGGUUUAAAUUUUGUGUCUCGAAAUUUCUAUUUGGCUUAUUAAAUCAUUUAUUUUUACAAUAUAUAUCAUGACGAAACUAAAAUUAAACCUAUGAAUUACCUAGGUAUUCGAGGCGCAAUAUUUACCUAUAUCGUUAAUUUAUGUAAUUCUCUUCGCGGUAACUUAAAGUUGUAAAUAACAGCCGAAUUGUGAAAAGUUAGAUCUGACAAAAAAUAAGUUGUAAUAUUGAUAAUUAUAACGACUCCAGUACUAAAAUCGUAUUCAUUUGGUUCACAAUACUAUUUAAAAAUUGAAAGAAUUUCAAAUUCGCGACAGGGUAAAAGUAUAUUUUUAAUGUUGUACUUAUUUUAGUAACUACCUACAUAGUUUAAAUUUUAACUUUUAAAUGUCUUUUGAAAUACUCGUUUAAUAAUUCUUAGACAUAUAAACAAGUUUAUAUACAUUGUUGUUUACCAUAUUUUUCCUCUGUCAAUUAACAGUAUGAAUACCUAAUUUUGUUGGGGAUUUUUUUUACUCGAAAUAACCCAGGCCCAAUUGCUCUUUUUGGAUCGUGACGUGACUUAUUAUUGUGAUUGUAUCUACGUGACGUGCCGAGGCCUGUUAUUCCUAAAAAAAUACGGUUUAUUAAUCCAUCUUUGAUACCUACUGCAAAUAAUUGUGUAAAGAAAAGGCCAAACAACUACAUUUUGUAAAAAAAAAUUGUACGGUGAUCUUGUUUAUUACAAGUUUUACUCUAUUUCUCAGAUUCGCCAUUUCAGGGAACAGAGGGGAAAUAUAUUUUUACUCGUAAUACCUUUACAGUGCCUUACAGGUUAUGGUUUUGUGAUGUCACGGUAAAAAUGGCAAUAUACCUAUAAACUAUCAUUAAAUGUACAAGAAUUAUUGUUAUACUCAUGAAUUAGAGUAAUCUGUACAAUACAUAUCAUACCAAACUAAACCCGAUAGCUUUAUGACUGUACAUAUAACGUUACUAACUACACAUAACUAAACUAUUAUACACGUUUAAUCUGUCAUCGUAGAAUAACCUUUAUAGUAGGUUUAUAUUCACUAGAAUCUUACGAGUUGAGCCCACUAGGUGAAAUUGAUAAUCAUCGAAAAUAAAAUAGGUAUGAGUGUCUAACACGUUCGAGAAAACUGGCGACUUUCCCGUGGGUUUGGGUACAUUUUAAUGAGGCGUUAAUCAUACAUUUUUGAGAUGUAAAAGUUGGAAAAUUCUUUUUUAAAAGUAUGGGAAUAAAAUUAGCCUUUAAUGUCCUUUUAUUUUAUGAUGUCCACAGAAAAGACGAAUAGCCUUAAGAUGAAAGUAUACCACGUAUCCGUUUUCUUCUUCUAUAAAUAUUUUCCAUUUUUCAUAAUUUUUUAGAAUGUUAUUGACACCAUGAAAAACUAGGAUUAGGUAUACGUUUUCCUUUUUUUUUUUUCAAAAUUUGCAAUACGUGAAAAAAAAUUUUUUUUUUAAAGCGAAACCUAUAUAUGAAGCAAUCGACAUCAAAAUCAAAGUGAUCUGUUAAGAUUUAGUUAGUGGAAACUGUUUUCUCCCGAAAUAGAAACUUUAUAGAAAAAGUACCGUCAUUUCGUUAGGACCGCAAAGCUAUUCUUCCCUCUCAUAACGCUAACUCAUAUAAAAGUUUUUGCCCAUGUACUCUCGCGGUCGAAACAUAUCGUACGUAUCGUAACGUACUUACUCGUACAUUAGGAACAAAGUGCAACUGUAAAUUCAAAAAAUAUUCUGCGAUGACAAAUUAUGUAUCCAUUGACGCACCACACUAACACACACACUAUGACAAAGAUCCUGUCUUAAAAUGAAGCAUUUUUGUCGUUUAUCGCUGCAGAUAUCGCUUUAUAAGUAAAACUAUCAUCCAUCACGUGUACCGUGUACCAAAAAGUUAUGCAAGUGCAAAAGUGAUGCAAUCUUAGUGACCUAUCAACAGCGGCCAACGAUACCUAUAUUUUAUGAACUAAUGAAUGCUGCUGGCUAUUAAAGCAUUUAUCAACGAAACUUUUAGGUAUAGCAUAAUACGUUUUUCUUAACCUUUUGAACGCUUUUGCGUCAUUAACACUGCGACUCCUGGACGUAGCUAAUGUAAACCUUACUUCUUCUUCUUUUAAAAUAUGGCUUCCAUCAAAUCUAUGAUGAUUUUCGGUAGUUGCUUUUAGCACAGAUCAUAUAAUCUUUUAGUAAAGAGAUAGCUGGACUUUACUAAAAGCCACGAUGGAUUGCCGGAUGUUGAUUAAAACAUGGUUAAACGCGUUUCAAGAUUAGUUUUUCAUUAACUGUACACUUCCACGAUAGUUCACUGCAUAAUAAGCUAUCAAUACUACACUUUGAACAACAUAAAUGAGCAAAACACAAAAAAAUAUUCUCGAGACGUCUUCGCCAUCUUGAAUCUCAACGACAACCCUAAACCUUACUUGAAAGUGGGUAAUUUUGACAGCGUCCACCAUAACGCCAUAACAGUUGUCACUGACGCUAGUGGCGCUGUGGGCACGAUUAGUAACGGCGACUUUGUUCUUAGCGUUCAAAAGGUUAGCCUUGCUAAAAUCAUGAUGGGAUCUCUGGCUCGAUUUACUAACAAGCGCACAAUACUUGUAAACUUGUGUUUAUUCGUCAAAAGUCUGUGUUAUACGAUACUUAUAAGUCUUAUUUAUCUAGCUCGUAGUUAAUCAUUGAUUGAUAGAGAUAUUUUUGAUUAAUAACUAAGACUAAAAUGCUAAUAUGACCGAUAAAGCCUUAAUUGCCACGUCCACCACGCAUUAAAGUACCUACAGAUCCAUUCUUUUUUGCCUGCGCUUGAAUUUAUGUUGUUUAACAUCGAUGAUCCAAUCUACAAGGUCUAAGGACCUAGAAAAGCAAAACAUUGUUGCUCUUAUUUACAUUAGAUCGCUUGCUGGCAGCCGUUUAAGCAGCUGCUAGAAAAGAGAUGUUUCAUCAAUUAGAUUACUUCUAAAUAUAGUUUCUCUUUUCAAUUCUUAAGGCGCGUUUGUACCUAGCUUAACUUUAUACUAAGUCAAACCAUCAUUUUCCACAAUCAACAACGCCCUGCUUUUAUCAUUGCUACUUAUACGAUACAAGUAUAUUUUCCUACUCCUCUACUGUUAUCUGUCAUUUAUGCAUUCAUUAACACGAAUAUAAGAACAUCCAUAAAAGAUUUCAAGAAAAGUCUAUAUUGUCUAUUCCUCAUAAAAGCUCUUGUGCUUUUAUACGCUAUAACGUUACUGCGAUUAAUGGCUACCAACCUAACAAAACCAAAACGAAUACGGUUUUAAACUAAGUGCAUUGAUGCCAACUUACAAAAUAUUCAUUUGGUUGCAUAGUAAAAAUAAUUACUUCAUAAGUCAGAAACACGCCUGUGACACCCGUAAUAUAGCAACACCCAUAGACUACGAAGACCGCUUAGCGUUGCUUGUUAGUCUCCGUAGGCUACGGUGGCCAAAAUUGAGAAAAAACUGUCCAAAAAAUUAAUUUAGCAAGUAGCAACUUAGCAAGUACCAGGGCCUCAUGAGUUACGAGGAGGUGUCGCCGACCGGCCGGCCGCGGCCCGGGGCGGGCCGGGCGCGUAACAAGGUAUGCUCGCGCGGCUUGGCUAUAUACUUUUGCUGUAAUUUGUUUACCUAAAUUAAGAUUUAUUUUUGUUGACUCGUAGGAAAAAUAUUGUAUGCAACGUUGUAUAAGUAGGUCAAAAAAUUCUCGUGGCGUAUUCCUUUACAAUGUUCGCCUACGCCUUCGGCUCCGGCUCACAAUGUAACUCACGCCACUCGCCUUUUUUGACCCUUCUUAUACAACUGUUGCAUAAAAUACUAUAGCUACCUUAUUCAAUUAAGAAUAUCUCUAUCAAUAAUUUUAAUGUUAUUUUGUAUAUUUCAACUGAAGUCCUAUGUACCUAAGCGGUGCCAAAUUGCACAGAGCAAUCGGUCUGUAUAUAGUGCGUCUAAAUUUGCUCAAUUCGUUUGCGUUUGCUCUAGAUUUUUACUCUUAUUUUUAAGGUUUAUUAAGUAUAAGUAUUUAGUAGCCUAAGGUCGGCUUGUAUUAUUGUUGACAUCUUCUGUCUCUUCCACUGAACAGAGCCCCUAGUGUACAUUUAUUCGAUAGCGAAACGUGACGUUACGCGUUUGCGUUAAGUGUCAUUUUGUAUGGGAUUUUGAGUUCCCAAAACGUCCCGCUUGGCACGCUGUUUCUAAAUCCCAUACAAAAUGAGACUUAACGCAAACGCGUAAGUCACGUUUCGCUUACGAAUAAAUUUACACUAGGGGUACAGGUCAUGAAAUAUCCACAAACGUAUGUAAUGACAUAAACUAAGUUUUCAGUUGAAUGGACUAUGACUCCUAGAAUAGACUUUAGCUGUAACUAUUGUAUAGAUUGUGUCAUUCGCGAAGACGCAUGCCUUGACUCGUAAUCUCAUGUUAUUUAAGGUUAGAUUUGACAAAUCUUCGCGUCGUAGUCGAUGACACGAACUUUAUUGACUUGACAUUAAAAAAGAAAGACAUAAGGUCGAUUUCUACUGCUCUCACGAUUUAGUUUUCUUAGGAAUACUCGCGGCUUGUUUGUGCUAGGGAUACUUAUUUUGUUGAUAAUACAAAAAGAACUCAUAAGUUUAAAGUUGUUUUACUGUUACCAUUAUUACUGUAUUUUAUUAUUACACUUACAUCUAAGAUUAGAUUUAGCCGUCUUGCAACUUGCAACCGGGAGAGUUUGUAAUAUUUUUAUGGUUCCGUAUUUCCCUUUGUACAGUCAGCGUCAAAUACUUUGUAGCAGUCAAAGUGGCCAAAUAGUUCGGUACACCAUACUAAAUAUAUGGUGUACCGAACUAUUUGGCUACUUUGGUUGCUACAAAGUAUUUGACGCUGACUGUACAAUAAUCUAACUUUCAAAUAAAAUUUUAUCGCCUUAACACUUAAAACAGUCUUCAGCUUUAUAACAUGUACUUGUAUAUUAUUAAGCAAUACUAUAUAGUUUAAGUACUAUUUUUAUUUUCAUUGUUUCAGAAUAAAAGUAGAGUUCUCGUAGAUUAUAUCUUUUUUCAAUAGAUAAGUAGAUUGUGUAAAUACUUUGUUAAGCAUAUGGUCUAUAUUUUUUAUACUAGUUAUUCCAGUACUUAUUUACCGCACAACGUAUAGAAGUGUCAACUGGAGUCAAAGUUAUAAUUAUUGUAUAAUUAAUUGAGAAUAAUUAAUAUUUAUUUAUAGGUACGAGAUUAUUUAAUUGGUUAUAUUGCCACGUGUAAAUCGACAUUAAUACAAAUUUGUAAUAAAUAUGGUUGUUUUAU